GGAGCGGAUUUGUAUUUUAUUUUUUAAGUGAUGCUACCAGUAGAGAUUAAAAGUUCAGAGCGGCAGGUUCCACAGGGAAAUAAUAACUUGGAAGAAAUCAUUGUGCCAAAAUACUUGGAGGGGGUUGUUCCCCCGAUAUUCAACAAAAAUAAAGACAAAAUCCGGUCUGUUGAUGCAAAGUCAAAAACAAACACAAAAGUUUGGAAGCAUUCACUUGACUUAAGUGGAUUUAAACCGGAGGAAAUUCAGGUCAAUUGUUCCGACUCUAACACAGUUUCUGUGACAGCAGAAAAAGCUAAAAGCAAUGACCACAAAGGAUUUCAACUGAGAAGAACGGUGUUCGUCCCAGGGGGAGUGGACAUGUGCAAUAUUUCCAGCUUUGUGUCCGACGACGGAAAGUUGGUGAUUCAAGCCCCCUAUCAGUGUACCCCAUCCAGAGAAUCCUGUCAAAAAUGUUCUUUAAAAAGAAAAUUGAAUGAAGCUCCAGAAAAAUCUCAGGGAUACAUUAAUGCCAAAAAGCUUAGGACAGAACUAAUCGAUACCUCAAACGGGACAGAAAAUCAAUGUGAUUCAGAGCCUGUUAAUGCGGAUGCCGACAGACGUCAUCAAAGGGGAGCGUUGUCGUGUCCCCCCUCAGGAAAUACCCGGUCUUACGGUACGGGAAAUAGAGAUGCAGAGGAGGAAACGGUAGAUAUUGACCUCACCAAACCCGAUCCCUCACCCAAAUCGAACAUGUCCAACUGUAAAACUUUAAAUUCCCAUAAAGACAAAAGUCCAUCCUUACCUGAAUCAAAUUCUGUCAAAGCUCAUUCUUGCACUCCGUCCCCUAAAACUCAGGUAAACUCAGAUUCCAUACCCACUAAACCGUCCCCCGUGACGUACAGCAAUACUGUCAAGUCUGUGAGCCCGCCCCCGAAGGUCGUAGGGAUAAGUGAGGGAUUUGACGUUUCCUAUAAAGACAUUGGUCGACUUCCGUCCGUCAGGCGCCAGUCCGUUGUUCUCAGUGUUCCCAUAGAGAAUUUUUUCCCUGAUAGGGAUGAUAUAGUGAUUUCCCUGCAGGGGAACACGCUCAAAAUAAAGGCCACCAGGGUGCAGCAAGUGAAGCACGCUAAACUCUCAGAGCUGUUCGUCAAGGAGCUCGUGUUUCCUCCCCACUUUGACUGUCGCUCGAUACAACUCGCCCGGGACCCCCAGGGGUCAUUGAUAGUCACCGUGGACAAGUCUCUAUAAGUGUUUGUCUGUCUGUAAUAUAUAUAU